AAGUUUCAGAUCAUGAAAUCAUUUGCUCUUUUGGUGCUCCUAGUUGGGCUUGUGGCUGCAAUGAGGGAUCAAUCUAUUGCUGUGAAGGGAAAACUGCUGUGCGGCACAUCACCAGCCAAAAAUGUGCGUGUGAAGCUCUGGGAAGAGGACUCGGGACCAGAUCCAGAUGAUCUUCUUGAUCAGGGAUACACCGACGGGCAAGGAAUGUUCAAUUUGAAGGGAGGUACCGCCGAGCUCACUGACAUUGAUCCAGUUUUCAAAGUUUAUCACGAUUGUGAUGAUAGCAAGUUGAAGCCAGGACUCCGCAAGAUCCGUUUCAAGCUUCCAAAAUCGUAUAUCACCAAGGGAAAAGUUCCACAGAAGACUUUUGAAAUUGGAGUUCUUAACCUCGAGACCAUCUUCGCCGAGGAGGAAAGAGAGAUUCUUCCAAAGUAAAAUAAUUUUGAUUUUAUGUAUAAUAAAGACUUUAUCUCGGACUUUUAUUGAAAAUAGAUACGUCAACUGUAAAACAUAUUUUGUGUGUAAUGAUCAAUGUAAAAUCAAUUAUUUGAGGCCUUUUGUUUUUAGAAUCUUUCUAAAAUUCGGAACAAGUUAUUGAAAUUGCACCAUGUAGAUCAACUUUAACAGCUUAUAUCUCACAUCAGCUGUAGCUUGAACAAAUAAAAACUUGUAAACUAAC